AUGCCUAUCAAGGGAAAGAUCAACUUCGAAGAAGCUUUCGAGCUGCCCGCUUUGGCCGACUCAAGUCGUGAUCAGGCAGCCCUUUACAUUGCGCCCAAAGACCUUGAUCGAUAUCUUGACCAUAUUAAACAUCCUGUUGGCGAGCGCCUCGACUUGGCAAAUAGUCAUGGAAUAGGAUAUACUAUUUACUCAUAUACGGUUCCUGGCAUUCAGGGUAUCGCAGAUAAAGCGAAAGCCGAGAAGCACGCCACAGAUGUCAAUAAUUGGAUUGCGAACGAAAUUAAGGAUCACCGUGACCAACUCGGAGCAUUUGCUGCGCUCUCAAUGCAUGAUCCUGUCCAAGCCGGUAAUGAACUUGAGCGCUGCGUCAAGCAAUUUGGCUUCCAUGGUGCUCUCCUAAACAAUUUUCAGCACUCGGGACCGGACGGCGAGACAUAUCUCUACUACGAUCAACCCGCUUACGACGUGUUUUGGGAAAAAUGUGUUGAGCUAGAUGUGCCUAUCUACUUGCACCCGUCCGCUGCUGCCGGAAACUACUACAACCAAGUGUGGGCUCAGCGAAAGUAUCUUAUCGGCCCACCUCUUAGCUUUGCAAACGAUGUGUCAGUCCACAUCAUGGGUCUUAUCACCAACGGCGUCUUCGAUAGACAUCCCAAGGCUAAGUUGCUCGUUGGUCAUCUCGGGGAACAUCUUCCCUUUGACUUUUGGCGUACGAAUCACUGGCUCGAGGAUGUCGAGCGUCCCCUUGCUUCUAGCAGAGGCGAUACUAUGAGCCAGAAGCCUCUGCUUCAUUACUUCAAGAACAAUAUAUGGGUUACCACCAGCGGUCACUUUUCAACGCAGACCGUGAAGUAUGUUGCUGAUUAUCUGGGACCUGAGCGCAUCAUUUUCAGCAUUGAUACGCCUUAUGAGACAGUUCAGAACGGGGCGGGUUGGUUUGAUGGUGAUGAAAAAGCAUUGGCGGAGGCUCUUGGCGGCGCAGAGGGAUACAAGAAGGUUGCUUGCGAUAAUGCUAAGAAAAUUUUCAAGCUUACCAAAUACCAUAAUAGCGAUGUGUAAGUAAUCUAGCUCUUUAACAGAGCGGAAGGCAAUUGCAAUAUUAUAUAUAUAGUGGGAUAGUAUAAUUAGUUACAGCUACUAAGAGUUUUUAACAGGUUACAGGUUUAAAUCCUAUCUACCUUAUAUAAUCUUACUUAAUAAAAGAUUAGUAACUGUAGUUGCAGCAGAGAGUUUUAAUUUAAAAUAUUAGCUGUU